AAGAAUCCACCUUUACUCUCUUUAUUACUCCCAGAUGCCAGAAUUCACUUCAGUGUUUCAGCUUCCAAAAGGGUACUAAAGAUUCCAGAAAACGAGAGAAACCUCCAUUGAUCUUUUUCUGUAAGCUCAAAAGAGGUCGCCUGGUUUUCAGCAAUGGCUUCUUCGAGUCUCGCAACAUGUUCAAGUGCACCACCAAGUUUCUACUUUGACGAGAAAUGGAAGUUUUCGAAGAAAGAAAGUUCAUCCUCCAGAAGCCGUUCUUCAUCUUCUUCUUCUUUCAUCAUCAAGAAGUCGUCUGCUUCUUCUUCGAAUAAAAGAUGCGCUUUUACCAGGAAGUGUGCCAGAUUAGUGAAAGAACAGAGGGCUCGUUUUUACAUCAUGAGGCGUUGCGUUACCAUGCUUAUUUGCUGGCGCGACUACGCUGAUUCUUAAGAAAAUGAAAAUCCGUGACCUCUUCUUUGAGAUGGUUUUCCCCCCUUUUUUGCUGGGUUAAUUAGCUGCUUCGUUUUUGGUUCAUCAAUGGCAUCCAAGCAAUCAAGAAGAAAUACUAGUAGAUAUCAAGUUAUAUAUAUAUAUAUAUAUAUAUAUAUACCUGUAUAUAAAUAGUUUUUUUUUGUAAGAGUAGUUGAAUCUCCAUAAAAGGAGCUAUGGGUUCUCUUAAAUCGUCUGUUACUUCCAUCGAGAUUAAUAUUAAGUAUUAAUUAGAGGGAAUCAAA